AUGCGCAGAGAGAGUAGUGAGAGUAGUGUAGUGGCACAGGGGCCCAGCUCCUGCUAUGAGACGGCCCUCACAGACCAUUAUUGCGUCCUGAGGAUCAUUGGGGAGGGGAGCUUUGGGCGGGUGGUACUAGCCCGCCAUCUCCUGACAGGGACAGAGGUGGCGGUGAAAAUCGUGCCGAAGAUGGAGGGGAAUGAGCCCAUGCUGUGUGAAAGGGAUUGGUUGAUGGCCCUGGAACACCGAAACGUGAUCCAGCUCUUCCAGGUCAUCGAGACCAUUGAUAAUUUGUACCUUGUCAUGGAGCACGCAGGUGGGGGACAGCUCCAGUAUCGCAUCCCACUGGCUGGUGGCAUACCGGAGGAGAAGGUCCGCAGAGUAUUCAGGGAGAUGGUGUGCGUCAUGCGUUACUGCCAUGAGAAGGGCAUUGUUCACCUCGACCUGAAGCCAGAGAACUUUGUGCUGGAUGCCAGGGGUCACAUCAAGCUCAUCGACUUUGGCCUGAGCACCAGUGUCACACCUGGGCAGAAGCUGACCAAGUUCAGGGGUACUCUCCUCUACUGUGCCCCUGAAAUUAUCCGGGGGAAGGGAUUCGAGGGCCCUCCAGUGGACGUCUGGAGCCUGGGUGUCACUCUCUAUUUUAUGCUGACGGGGAGCAGGCCAUUCAGGGCAAGCACCAGUAAGGGGCUGCGAAAGCGGAUCUUGCGGGCAAGCUACAACAUUCCCCCUCAUGUGUCCGAGGGAGCACGUAACCUCAUCCAGCAAAUUCUGAAGGUGGACCCUACGCAGAGGCCCACCCUAGAGCAGGUAAUGGGGCACCCAUGGCUGAGCCAGGGCGAGGACUCUUCACCCAGUUGUCCCAGUGAGCCGCUCCCCAAGCAGCCUGACCCCACCAUCAUGACCAUCAUGUUUGACAUGGGUUAUGACCCCUAUAACACCUGGGUGUCCCUGGCCAAUCGCCAAUUCGAUGAGGCCAUGGGCACCUACCUCAUCCUCCAGUACCAGAGAAGCCAGGGGUUGGGCUGUGCGCUCCAGGCAAAACCUGUGCAUUUUCGGGUGGUCGGGCCUUGCUCAGGCCCCAAGGCAGAUCCUCCCAGUGUCCACCCCAACAAGUGCAUCAGUGAGCCUGCCCUUGCCUUGCCCUGUGAGCAGCAGCAGCCUGAGGAAACCAAGCUACCAGGGCAGAAGGGCGCUGCAGGUGCCAGCAUGCCGGCCAUUCCUCUCCGCUUCCUCCAUGGGAAGACACCCCCUCCCUGCCAAACCUCCCAGCAGGACCCUGGACCCCAGUGGCAUAAGUACCUCAGGCCCAACCCUAGUGGGCAGGUAGCAGAAGGUGGCAGCUCAGCCUCCCAGGGUACCUUCACAGGGCUAUCACAUCACAGAAGCAGGGGCUGGAGAAGGGUCACUAGGAGGAUCGCAAGGCGCCUUCAACAACUCUGCUGCUGCCUGCCGUGCUUCCACAGACCUGCCUUCAGAAGGACAGUGACUCUGAUGAACAGCGGCCACAGAUCCCCUAGGCUGGGCAAUACAGUGGUUCCAGAGAACAUGCCCACAUGA